AUGGCCGAUGCAAUCCUCUAUGGCGUUGUCCAGAAGAUCAUUGAAAGCUUGGGCUCCUCCACUCUCAAAAAGAUUCGAUCGAUCUGGGGUGUCCAAGAUGAGCUCGAAAAAAUGAACGACACUGUUCUCACAAUUCAAGCUGUACUUGAAGAUGCAGAGGAGCAGCAGGUCCAGAACCACCAAGUCGAGCACUGGCUCACGAAGCUCAGAGAAGUAGUUUUUGAUGCUGAUGACUUGCUGAGCGAGUUGUCCACUCAUGUGUUUCGGCGUAAGGUGAUGGGUGGUGAUAAAAUGGCAAAGAAGGUACGCAUUUUCUUUUCAAGUUCAAACCAACUGGUUUUUAGUCAUAAGAUGGCUUGCAAAAUAAAAGCCAUGAGGGAGAGGCUUAAUGAUAUAGCAGAUAAUAGGAACAAAUUCAAAUUGAUAGAGCGUCCUUUAGAGACACGGGCUGUGACUAGGGAGAGGGAAACUCACUCGUUUGUACCUGAUGAAGAUGUUAUCGGGAGAGAAAAGGAUAAGCAAGCCAUCAUAGAUCUGUUGUUGGACUUUGAUGUGGAAGAUAAUGUUUCAUUCAUAUCAAUAGUGGGAAUUGGUGGGCUAGGAAAAACCACACUGGCCCAAUAUGUAUUCAAUGAUGAGAAGGUCCGAACUAAUUUUGAGUUGAAGAUAUGGGUGUGUGUCUCUGAUGUCUUUGACAUUAAAAAAAUUGUUGAAAUGAUAAUUGGAUCUACAACUGGUAGAAAGCCCGAAAACCUAGACAUGGAUCCAUUGCAAAAUGAACUUCGUGAAACUCUCUGCCAAAAGAAGUACUUACUUAUAUUGGAUGAUGUAUGGAAUGAGGAUAGUGAAAAUUGGUAUAAUUUGAAAAUUUUAUUAAUGGGUGGUGCAAAGGGAAGUAAGGUGGUGAUAACUACACGAUCCAACAAGGUUGUGGAGAUUACUAGUACCUCAUCCUAUUUUCUAGAAGGCUUGUCAAGGGAUCAAUCCUGGUCAUUAUUAAAGAAAAUGGCAUUUAAAAAAGGCCAGGAGACCAUCAAUUCUAACCUCAAAGCAAUUGGGAUGGACAUAGUAGAAAAAUGUCGAGGAGUGCCUCUUGCUAUAAGGACGAUAGGAAAAGUCUUAUUCAAAAAAACUGAAGCUGAGUGGUCAUACAUCAAGAAUACUAAACUCACAGAUGUAACUGAAUUAAAAGAUGGUAUUAUGCCGAUUUUAAAAUUGAGUUACGAUUAUCUUCCAUCGCAUUUAAAAUGUUGUUUUGCAUAUUGUUCAUUGUUUCCCAAAGAUUAUUCGAUCAAUAAGUUGACAUUGAUACAAUUAUGGAUAUCACAAGGUUUUAUCCAAUCAUCAGAGGAGAGUCAUCAACUAGAGCAUGUUGCCAAUGAGUACUUCAUGGAGCUACUUUGGAGAUCAUUCUUCCAAGAAGCAAAAGAAGAUGAUGAAGGCAUGAUUAGGAGUUUUAAAAUGCAUGAUUUAAUUCAUGAUCUUGCACAAUAUGUAUUAAAGACUGAUUGUAUACUAGUUGAUACCAAAGCAAAAAAUGUGAAAGAAAAAGGACGCCAUCUAUCAUUUCCAUUUUACAACGUUUCAUUCUUUGAGGAGAAUUUAAGCACGUUGGUUAAAGCAAACAAGAUACGAUCAUUUAUAUUUGCAUACAACAAGUUCGAAUAUGAUGAAGGAACAAUUGAAGAAUCAACUUUCAAAAAACUUAUUUCUACUUUUAGAUACUUGCGUGCAUUAGACCUACAUGGUUUAAAUAUGAAGAUGUUGCCAAAUACCAUAGGUACUUUGAUGCAUCUAAAGUACCUUGACCUUUCCUCUAAUCAUAUUGAGGUUUUCCCUAGUUCAAUUACAAAAUUGGUGAAUUUGGAAACAUUAAAGCUCUGUCAGUGUACAAAGCUUAGGGAGUUGCCAGUAAGGAUUCAAAAAAUGGUCAGCCUCAAGCACCUUGACUUAAGAGGUUGUUGGAAAUUGACUCAUAUGCCACGUGGAUUAGGGCAAUUGACUUCUCUUCAAACAUUAGACUUAUUUGUUGUGAGUGAGGGUCCUGUAGCUUCUUCCAAGCAUUGCGGUGGGCUAGCGGAAUUAAACAAGCUAAAUGACCUGAGGGGAAAAUUAGGGAUUAAAAAUUUGGCACAGGUGAAAGAUGCCACUCCAGAAUUCGAGGCUGCAAAUUUGAAGGACAAGCAACGUCUCAGUGAGUUGGAAUUAGACUGGAAUCCAGAGAGUGAUGAUGGUGUAGAUGCCAGUGAUGAUGAAAAUUCAAUGGAUAGCCUCCAACCACACGAAAGUUUAAAAUCUUUGAGUGUGAAGGGGUACAUGGGUGUGAGAGUUUCAAGUUGGCUUUCAUUCUUAACAAAUCUCGUUGAAUUAAGUAUAAUCGGAUGUAAGAAGUGCCAAUAUUUGCCACCGUUGUAUAAACUCUCAACUCUCCGAAGCCUAUAUAUUAUAAAGAUGAAUGGUCUGGAGUACAUGACAGAGGGGGAUAUGAAUGAUGAGAUAUCUGCUUCACUGGCAUCACCAUCAACAUUUUUCCCAUCCCUUCAGACACUCUGGCUCUCUUAUUGCCCGAAUCUAAAGGGAUGGUGGAGGAGUGUGGAUAAGGGGAAUGAGGCAACAACGACAUCAACAAUAUCAUCAUCAACUAAUCACUAUCACCAACACAUGCCACAUUACAGAAAGCUUAUUUUGAGGAAAAGCAGUUUGAAGGCAUUGGAAGAGACAAUAGAGAUGAAUAAUAGGGGAGGAAGGGCUUCUUCAUUUCCGUCCUCUUCCUCUUCCUCUUCCUCUUCCUCCUCCUUCUCCCCUCCUCUCUCCAAAUUAAAGAUAUUGACUUUGUGGAGAAUUCCAGAGGAGUUGGAGUCUCUGCCAGAGGAGUGGUUUAAAAACCUAACUUCUCUUCAGACAUUACACAUUUGGUGGUGUCCCAAUCUGACGUCACUUCCCGAAGGGAUGAGUCACCUCACCUCUUUACAGAGGUUGGAAAUCAUCAAUUGUCCCCAAUUAAAGCAAAGAUGCGAGAAGGAAAAUGGAGAGGAUUGGGAUAAGAUUUCUCACAUCCCAAAUCUUACAAUAUUUUGAACUACUGCAUACGCUUCCCUGGUAGAACAUGACAUGGAUUUCGAAGGGGCAGAAAGGAGGGAAGAAGAAAGUGGAUAUUUUGAAGUGCAAAGCAAAUUUUUGAAAGGGUGCCAGCAGGAAACAGGGGACGAUUACUAAAAACUUCUCACAUCCUAGCAAUCAUCUAUACAAUCCAUUUUCAUGUGGCUAUAUGGGGGAUCACGUGGCGUCGGUGCUUAACAGACCAGCCAAAUGAUGCAAGUCUACCAUUGCAUUGCAAUAGGCCCGCCUGCAACACUUCCAGAUGUGGGGCUUUGCUCUGCUGCUAUUGGAUAAAGACUUUGAUGGUUUUAGUAGCACUGGUUACUGGAACAGCAUUUGUGAAUAUUCUACUUGUUACAAAUUUGUAUAGAGAGACUAUAUGAAGGUUUGAGAAGAGUGUGAUUUCCAUGUGCAAUGGUGCAGAAACAUUCUGAAACUGGUUUCGUCAUAGGCGUUGAAUUUGACAAACAAGACAGCAACAUCAGGCUGUGUUGAGUUAUAUAUUGGAAACCAGUUGUGUUGAGCUUGUGGUUUGGAUGGGCUUCUGCACUUCAUUUUGUUGCUUCUGUGAAUUUUUCUACUUCAACUGAGGUUAUUAAGCUCUUGCUUGAUGCUUCUGCACUUCAUUUGUCUUGUUGCACACUGUUGACUAUGUAUAGUAAAACUUGUUCAUUUUAUUCUAGCUGUUUCUUUGCUUUAUAGUAGUAAUUGUAUUCAAGUAAUAUUGUGUAAUGGAACAUGUAUUUGGAGUGGAUGUUGAUUUCUAUAAUCAUGCAUUUUGGACAUGCAUAAUUGGAGUGUAAUAAGAGAAGCAAGGGUGGAUGCAAUUCUGUAAUCAUGCAUUUUGGCUAUGUAUAUGGGAUGGAUGUUAAUGAAUUCCUUCUUUUGUUUUAUUAAAAAAGAAUCUCUUGCCCUCUUCCUCAUAAGAUAAGAGAAGCUGCAGCAUAAAGAGGUGGUGGAAGAGGAGCAUGAAGUUUGCUACUACAACAAUUGUGGCUAACAAGGGAGGUCAUACAUUAGUUCCACCAUGCAUGUGAUGGUAACUUGGGGUUAGAGAUAGAUUUAUUUUUGACAUUCAUUAGUUUAAUUUCUGUUGGAUUAAUAAAAGAACACAUGACAUCUUAUGUAUCACGUACUCAUCUAUAGUAUUUUUAUUUUUUUUGUAAUUUUUUUGCUGGUAAUGUUUUGGACAUUUUAUGUGCAAUUUGGAUUUGCAAAAACAGUUUGAAGCCCAAAGCAAACAUUUGAAAGGGUACUAGAAGGAAGUAGGGGACGAUUACCAAAAAUUGCUCACAUCUUGGAGUUUGGAGGGGAUGAACUUGCCAAUGAGGUAAUUCCAUCUUUAUAGAAAACUUGCACUUAAAUAUGCUGGAGCUUCUGCUAUGGAUUUAGUGUUCAAAAAAAAAAAAAUCCAAAGAAACAUAACAUCACCAGUGAACAUUCUGUCCUUUAUGAAGCUGCAAAACAUGCGUGAAUGCUAUAAGUGACUGGGAGUUCCUUGCUAUGCUUUCAAGUGCAAGAUAUGCACAUUUUAUUUCGGACCUGUAAGCUUGAAUUUCAUUUUUUUUUUUUUUUUUUUUUUUAUCAAAUGAUGAUCAUGAAAUGCAUUCAUUUCUUUCUUCUUGGUUGGCUUGAUAAUUAAGAUAUAAGUGAUGUGUAUCUGAGAUC